GGAGUUAAUAAGAUUAGAUUGACCGGUGGGGAACCUACGGUGAGGAGUGACAUUAUUAGUUUAGUUGGUGAAUUGGGGAAAUUAAAGUCACAGGGUCUUCAAACAUUAGCAAUUACAUCCAAUGGCAUUGCCCUAAAACGAAAAUUGCCAAGACUUGCGGAGAAUGGCUUAAGUUCAUUGAAUAUUAGCCUGGACACCUUGGAUCCCUUUAAAUUUGAGUUAAUUACGCGCCGUAAAGGUUUCGAACGUGUGAUGGAAUCUAUUGAGCAAGCUAUCUCGUUGGGUAUUAAGCCAGUGAAAGUCAAUUGCGUGGUGAUGAGAGGGGUGAAUGAUCAAGAAGUAGUAGAUUUUGUGGAAUUAACACGUACCAUGGCGAUUGAUGUGAGAUUUAUAGAGUAUAUGCCUUUUGAUGGUAACAAAUGGAAUGAAAAGAAGUUUGUUCCGUACAAGGAGCUUUUGGACAAUAUUCGUAAUAAGUACCAUAGUGUCACGAAACUUUUCGACGAUUCAAACGACACCUCAAAGGCCUAUCACAUACCAGAAUUUGUAGGUCGAUUUGGAUUUAUUACAUCGAUGUCCGAUCAUUUUUGCGGAAGUUGCAAUAGACUCAGGAUUACAGCAGAUGGAAAUUUGAAGGUAUGUUUAUUCGGUAACGCUGAGGUCAAUCUGCGUGACCUGCUACGAGAAAACAUUCCCGAUCAACAAUUACUGGACAUAAUCGGAGCAGCGGUCAAAAACAAAAAGAAACAGCACGCAGCAGAUUUGUUAGAAGUAUCGAAACGUUGGUUCAACUCUCAGAAAAUCCAUUCUAUCUCCUCAAGCUCUCAUAUGUACCAUAGACCUCUUGCCUUCAACCAAUUAAUCUCAUCGCCCUUCGGUUAUACUCAUGCUUCUUAUUCCAAAAAAUCUGGUUCUUCUGACACUAUGCGACCACCCGAUACAAAUACCACCAAUUCUCCUACCCUCUCACAUGUCGACUCUUCGAGUGGGCGUGCAUCAAUGGUAAAUGUAUCGAAAAAACCCUCGACCAUCCGUACGGCAACGGCAUGCGGAAGGAUUCGGAUUGGUCGCGAAGCAUUUAACCUUGUUCUUGCCAAUUCGCUGAAGAAGGGUGAUGUGCUAACUGUCUCUCAGAUCGCUGGGAUCAAUGCUGCUAAACAUACAGGAUACCUUAUUCCCCUUUGUCAUCCUCUCUUGCUUUCUCACGUAUCAGUUGAUUUGAGGAUGGAGGAACGAGAUUAUUCUGUUGAAAUAACGGCGAAAGUUGAAUGCGAGGGUAAAACUGGUGUUGAAAUGGAGGCGCUGACCGCGGUUAGCGUAUCAGCGUUAACCAUCUUUGAUAUGUGUAAAUCCGUUGAUAAAGAUAUGGUAAUUGAUAAUUUGAGAGUGAUUCAUAAAACCGGCGGAAAAAGUGGCGAGUGGAGUUCCUCAGGAAAGCUAGAACAAUAA